UUUCCACAAACAUCCUUGAGUAAUUCCAUGGUGAUCCAGAGAUAAAACAGUCUUAUGCUCCUUCGAAUACAAUAAACGGCACAAAAUUGUGAACGUCAAAUGAAUGUUUUGUCUUGAUAAUGAUUGGCCCAAAUAUUCCUGGGAACACGACAAAAGAUGAGUUCUCGUUACUUCAGCUGGGUCAGCGCAUAGAAUGCAGUGGUUCAUAUGGAACUGUGAAGUACAUUGGAGAAGUGCCACCAACUAAAGGAAUAUGGCUGGGUAUUGACUGGGAUGAGCCACAUAGAGGAAAGCAUGAUGGAAUGUACAAUGAUGUUAGAUAUUUCAAGGCAAGGUUUCCUCAGUCAGGAUCCUUCAUCCGCCCAGCCAAAGCUAACUUUGGAGUCAGUUGCCCUGAAGCAAUCAGGGAACGGUACGGAGAAGUGAAAGGAGAUGAAACUGCUGGAAUUGACAGGAAAGGAUUGGAACUCUUACAAAAGGAAAUCAAUGCUAGAUUUCUGGAAGUAGUGGGGUUUGACAAGGUUAAUAGACAACAGAGUGAUUUCAGUAAACUUCAAGUUGUAUGGUUAAGGGAACAUCAAGUGAGCACUGCUGGUAGUCCAGGUGAGCUAUUCCAACUAUGUCCAAGAAUUCGGGAGCUUGAUCUCUCAAGGAAUCUGCUGAAUAACUGGACAGCAGUUGCCGAAAUAGCUAUUCAACUACAGUUCCUGCGGAUACUGAAUGUUAGUGAGAAUCACUUAGUGAUACCAGAUGAUGCUUUAUCUCUGAAGUCAUCAUUUCUAUCAUUGGAACAUAUCAUAGUUGGAAAAAUGUCAUACUCCUGGUGUGAUGUAUUGAUUUGCGCCACCAUGUGGCCUCAUAUCCAUAAGUUGCAGGUACCCUUCAACUGCAUAACGACUUUAAGCAGUCCCCCCCCAAAUAUUCUACAGAACCUCCGACUGUUAGAUUUGGAAGGAAAUAAAAUUAGACACUGGCAUGAAAUCAACAAACUUGGUAAACUUAAUACGUUAGAAGUUUUGAACAUCUCAAACACAGGUGUGAGUGAAAUUGCCUUCCCUCUGGAGUAUGAACAACAGAAGACUGAACUUUUUCCAUCAUUAAAACAGCUGCAUCUUUCAGAGAAUAACAUCAGUGAUUGGAAGUAUAUCAGUGAACUGGAAAAACUAAAAAGCCUAGAAGACCUCAAGUUCAGAGACAACCCGGCUUUACAGCACGAAACCGUGGAAACAUGCUUUCAGCUCAUAAUAGCCAGAAUUGGCAAUUUAAAGGACAGAUACAACCCGGCUUUACAGCACGAAACUGUGGAAACAUGCUUUCAGCUCAUAAUAGCCAGAAUUGGCAAUUUAAAGAUUCUGAAUGGAAUAUCAGUAACACCAGAAGAGAGGAGAGGAGCUGAAUAUGACUAUAUGAAGCGUCAUGCUCACUCAUGGCUGUCUCUGACAAGUAAUUCAGAGAAAAAAGAACAGCUGAAUGAAUUCACUCUACACCACCCUCGUUACCAAUACCUAGUUGACAAAUAUGGAGCACCUGAAAAUGGAGAAACUGAAGUUACAUCCCAUACAUUAAAGUCACAACUGAUUCUUGUAGAAAUCCAUGUUCCAGAAAGUAAACACCAACCUAUAACAAAGAGAGUUCCUAGAAACAUGACAGUUCAGAAGUUUAAAGGAUUGAUACAAAAAUUAUUUAAAUUAGAAAAUGAAAUUUCUCAGCUGUCUUGCAGAAAUAAAAAAGCUCCUUACCUGGAAUAUCCCAUUGACAAUGACUUGGAGGAACUUGCAUACUUCGCAAUUUCUGAUGGAGACCACAUUAUAGCACAAUGAUAAAAUUGUGCAGUCCGUCCAGAUGUUUAAUUCAUUAUGCAUAUGGCUGUGAAUCAUAAAAUGCAUUAACAUUUAAUGUAUUUACUUAUAACCAUGGAAAGUUUUUAGAACAUUGUUAGCAGUGAUGACUGUUUUGUAAAUGUGCUUUAAAACUAUGUUGUAAAUUUAACACUGUUUUGUCAUGUAUGUUUGUAUUGUGUUGAUCAUUCUCAAAUUUACAGUAAAGACUAAACUUAAUGUGA